AUCGCUUGGGCCCCUCCCCACCUUAUCUCGAUAUCAUUGCUGUUAGGUGAGAAACAUCUCGGCGCAUGAGACCGGGUCUUGGUACAUUGUGUGACUCGUCUUUCUUCCUCUCUUUCUAUCUAUCUUGAACGUGCUCUUUCUUUCAUCUUUAGCUUCUUCUUGUACAAUUGUCCUGCACAUACCCGGAACUAGAGAGUUACUAGUAGCACGAACAAGAGCAAGCAAGCAAGCAAUCAUCCAGAUGUCGCACACGCACUCUCACGACCACGGCGACGGCGGCCACCACCACCACCCCCACAGCCAUUCUCACGACUUCAACUCCCAGAGCGGCUUCAACGCCCAGGAGCACGGCCACAGCCACGAGAUCCUCGAUGGACCAGGCAGCUUCUUGGGCCGCGAGAUGCCCAUUGUCGAAGGCAGGAACUGGGACGAGAGAGCUUUCACCAUUGGUAUUGGCGGCCCCGUAGGCUCCGGCAAAACAGCCCUCAUGCUCAACCUCUGCCUCGCCCUGCGCUACGAACACUCCCUCGCCGCCGUCACCAACGACAUCUUCACGCGCGAAGACGCCGAGUUCCUCACCCGCCACAAGGCUUUGCCCCCGCAGCGCAUCCGCGCCAUCGAAACAGGCGGGUGCCCGCACGCCGCCGUGCGCGAGGACAUUUCUGCCAACUUGGCUGCUCUCGAGGACCUGCAGGCUGAAUUCGACACGGACCUGUUGCUCAUCGAGUCGGGCGGCGAUAACCUGGCGGCCAACUACAGUCGCGAGCUGGCGGAUUAUAUCAUCUAUGUGAUUGAUGUGGCGGGAGGCGACAAAGUGCCCCGAAAGGGCGGGCCGGGCAUCACGCAGAGUGAUUUGUUGGUGGUCAACAAGACGGAUUUGGCGGAGGCGGUGGGGGCGGACUUGGCGGUGAUGGAGCGAGAUGCGAGGAAGAUGAGGGAAGGGGGACCGACGGUGUUUGCGCAGGUCAAGAAGGGCGUGGGCGUGGAGCAUAUUGCUGGGUUGAUUUUGAGUGCGUGGAGGGCCAGUGGGGCGGAGGAGAACAGGAGGAGAAAAGGGGGGCCGAGACCUACUGAUGGGUUGAAGGAUUUGGAGAGGCUGGCUUCCCCUUCUUGAGGGUGGAAACGAUGAUGGUUUGAUCUUGGGGAAUGGUGUUGUAAGAUUUAGUUGGUUUUGGGUGUUUGAAUUAGGGUGUGGAAGCAGAUGAAGCGUUUGGUGUGUGGGCUAGACGCUGAUGCUAGGUAUGAUAUGGUUGUGGGAGACUAUCAAGAAGUUGGGGGGAAAAAAAGUCGUCCCUUUGUGGCAGUACGUUUUGGAAACCGUACAUAACAAAAAAGAAAUCUUCCGACAGGGGAGAGAAGAAGAAGCCAUACAUAUAUCAUGGCCACGGUCUUCCACAUGAAACACGUCAACUACACCUACCGUUAUCAUACACUCGAUCGUCUCUGCUACGUCGUGUCUACCUAAGCUCAACACCAAGCUUCUCCACCAAUCCUUGCCUUACCCGCU